AUGGCUGACAAUUUUAGGUUGAAUUCAGGAACACUGGAUGUAGAGUAUAUUAAAAGCUUACCAGGUUUAUUGAAAGUUGCUGAAAUUGUAAGUAUCAAAACUUAUGUCCUAAAAAACACAAUAAUACUGUUUACAUCACUGAUGUAACAGUUUUGAAAAAACUGCUAUAAUGCCAUUUUACAGCAGAUCAUAGGGUCAAGCAAGAAGCAAGACAAGACACCUGCAUUCAUCUAGAUUUUAAUGAUUAUGUAUAGUUGGCAGAAGCUAUGCACUUGAGUGCUCUGCUUCUCGGGAGUCUGAAAAAUUAUGCUAAAAAUACAGUUGAACCUUCGCUUAGCAGUCACCCUUAGGAAUACAGGCAAUUGGUCGCUUAAUGGAGGUUAGCCACUUAGUAGAGGUUCGUCAUAAUUAAGGCAUAAUUUUUAGCAGAAAUAUCACUUUGUUUUGGAACAAACAGACGAUGGGUUCAGCAUUACUGGUCCACAAUCAGAUGUCACCUUCUAUAUAUCUUGCUCUGUAUUUUCCUUCAUUAUAUUUUCAAAAUAAAGCCAUUUAAACUAAUUGUAUCAAGUGCUUAAUGGCGACUUAAUAAAGUUGACAACAAUAGUAGAAUUUUUUUUAGGAUGGCCAGUCGGUGGCUAGCUGCGACCACCUUGAUGGAGAUGCUUGCUUAUAUAGUAGAGGGCUAAUUAUUGUACAAUAUUAUUCCUUUCUACAAAGUUUUCAGGACUUUGAUUACUGGUUGUUUUAUAGAGGGUGGCUGCUAAAUGGAUCAGGUUCAACAGUAACUGUCAUGUAUAACCAGCAGUGAUUCUGUUAUCUUUCAGCUUUGUCUCCUUAUUGCUUUUGCCUCACUUUCUGGAUUUACUUUACACUUCAAAGAUGAGUUGUAUGGUGGCAGAUUUGAUUUCUUUUACUUCGCGACUAUUACACCAUGGUUACUGGUCAUCAUAAUUUAUGUACUUUUUGCGUUGAGGCUGCAUGAGAGACUUGCCAAUAUCAACUGGGACUUUGUUGUAAGUACAAGUGAGAUUAAAAGUUUCAUUUGGUCAUGUCUUUAUUAUGAAAAAAUACAUGCUAAACUAUCAACUCAAAUUUCACUUGACCAAGCCAAAAAACAGUAAGAAUUAAAAAGCUUAGUGAGUCAACACCUUAUUAAAAAUAGUUUGUAUUUGAAUACUUUUUGUUAUUAAAAUACAUGGCAUUUGUACAUUAAUUUUAAAACUUAAUGAAUGGUCAUAUGUUUCCAACAGAUGACCAUUUUCUCCCCUGUCGUGGCAUUUUUGUUACUUGUUUCUUCCGCACUUGUCCUGGAUGCCGCCAUUUAUUUUAGACGAAAUGAAAAGGAGUUCAAGGAUGGAGUUUUCGUGAUUUGUGAAAAAGAACCUUGUGGCAAUGUUGAAGCAGCUGGAGUAAGUAUCAUUUUUAUAGCACUGCUGUCACCAAGUUUUCAAGUUGCUGGCUAAAAUUUCACAAGAACUGGUGUAGGUUGGGAAUAAAAAAGCUAAGGAUAAUUUCUUUUUGUUCUAUAGUCCUUCUCUCAGUUCUUAUGAAAAGAGCCAGGCGUUACCUUCAUAGUAGCCAGGGGUGUUCCCCAGUGCCACCCCCCCCCCCCCUUUAAUGACAGCCCUGGAUAUUACAACAUGUACAGCUGUAGGUGACUCUAUCUUAAUNUGUGAAUGUACUGCGCAAAAAUUAACAAAAAUUGUGGUAUGUUUGGAAAAAAAAAACUAAGGAUAAUUUUUUUUUUUUCUCAUGGCCCUCUCUCAUUUUUUUUUAAAAAGGGCAGGCGCUUCCCCUCAUGUAGCCAGGGGUGUUCCCCAGUGCCCCCCCCCCCCCCCCCUUUAAUGACAGCCCUGGAUAUUACAACAUGUACAGCUGUAGGUGACUCUAUCUUAAUGCAAACCUUCUUAAACCUAGCCGGCGAAAACAUCCGUUUCUUCUUGCUCUUCGCCGCUGGGGACGUUUCGCGCGGAGGAACGUCUGCGACUCAGCAACAGAAAUUCCAUACUGAUGACGCCAAUCAAUGUUUACAUAAUGAAUCUGGUAGUCAUGGGUUUCCAAAUAUAAAUUUGUCAAAUUUAACUUGUCUUCUGGUUGUGAUAAGUGCUGAUAAGUGUUUUGCUUAUCUGCCAACAAGCUCCAGUAAAACUCAAUUGCUUCUUCUAGAGACUAUAUUCCACAAAUAUUGACUGUUUUUUUAGAGAUUCUUCAUGUUUACAUUUGACCUUUGUGGCCUUUUGUCUUUUGUCUCUCAUUGGUAAACAAUAGCUUAAACAAUGUAACUACUCUGUUGACCAAUCAGCUCUUCUGACUGGAUUCCAGACAGAUUUUACAUCAUCAGUAUGGAAUUUCUGUCGCUGAGUCGCAGACGUUCUUCCGCGCGAAAUGUCCCUAACGGCAAAGAGCGAGGAGAAACAGAUGUUUUUGCAGGCUAUCUUAAACCUUUCACUGCCAAAUUUCGACCAAAUUUCGAAAUUUCAUUUUGUGAAAUUUUGAAAAACAAACAGCACCUUGUGUAAGUACAGGCAGAGAGCUUUCAUUUGAAUGGUCACAUCAUAGGAUUUGGUCUGCAGACUCGAAAGUUAUAGUCACCUUACAAAACUCCAUCAGGCACUCUGGCAGUGAAAGGGUUAAAUCAGACACCUCUGUUGCUCCCUGCUGUUACUCCCUUUUAUUCUUCAGUCAUUCUCUUUGACUUCUUUGACUCUUUGUAAGAUGGGCAUUUUUCUAAAACAGGCACAUAGAGACCAUGAGUUGCGGCCUCCUGCUCUUUAACCAUUUUCUUUUACUCUCUGUAAGAUGUCAUAAACGAACUAUAUAACAGAAAAAAUGUUAAGGAAGCCCUAAGAAACGAGGAGACUUAAACAGCACAGGCUGCCUUUGACGUAAUGUUAAAUCGCUAGAGAAAUGGAGUGGUGGUAGUGUCAAGAUACCGUAUAUCCUCUAUUAAGCCCCCCGGGGGGCUUAUUUAUUUCAAGCCCAUUUGAGGGGGGCUUAAUAGAGACGGGGGGCUUAUUUUUGAGGGGGGGCUUAUUUAAUUUAAAAACGACAAUUGGUAUCAGUUCUUCAUAAAGAACUAGAUUGCAAAGUGGAAAAGCUCAAGUACAAGAAGUUUUAGGUCAUGCAGCUGAGGAUCAGAAUCAAAUCCAAUCUUCCAGUUGGUAAAUAAACCAUCCAGGAUCAGUCCACACGAAGUUUUACAGUCGUGGUUGAUUGAUACAGUCUAGGGGGGGGCUUAUGAACUUUCUUCCCCUGAAAAGGGGGGGUGGCUUAUUAGAGUUAGAGGGAGGGGGCUUAUUUGAGAGGGAGGCUUAAUAGAGAAUUUACGGUAGGUGAAAUAACAAAAUAGUGAUAAUAAGCAAGACAGAGAAGAAACUGAAAAAAGGGAAAGAGAAAAAGUAAACAAAAAAGCGAAACAGAGAAGGGUAGAAAUAAUUAUGUUUGUAAGAGGGGUUUUCUCUGUAUUCAACAGUUGCUCUUUGGAGUAAAUUUUAUAAAAAAAAGUUACAAAGAAAUAUUCAACACCAACAAAUUUCUUGAAAGUUUCACAGAGGGUUCAGAACCCAUGCAGAUCCCUUCGUCAGUGAAGUUUGCUGUUAUUUGCCGCCUCCUUUGUAAGCAUCACUGAUAAAGGUAUCCGGACAGGUUCUGAAAGAUCUGCGUAACUUUUAAGAAAUUUGUUGCUAUUGAUUUUGAUUUUGUAUAAAAUAUACCCAAAGGACAUUUGUUUGAUUUUGAAUAGUCCAACAGCUGAAUCUUCAUUCUUUCUUUAACCCUUUAAGCCCCAAGAUCAACAUGCACAUUCUCCAGACUGGCCUGCACACAUUUCUUCAAAAUUGGUUGAGAGAAUUUGUUAAAAGAUCAAAGCAUAUUCCCUUUUAAUAAGCAAUCAUUUUAUUAAUUCUCAUAAUCUUUACUCUUGUUGAUCUGCUGAUGUUGUUAGGAGAAAAUCGGUGUCGGUCACUCUAGUGACUUCAAUGGUUAACAAAAAAUAAUGAUUUUCUUUCUCUAGUCCUUUGGUGUCCUUUCCAUGGUACUGUUUGCGGUGGACACUUUCCUGUAUUUCAUGAAGAACAGGAACACGGGCUCAGCAAAGCCUCCACCGGGAUAUGAUGGAGAAAACAUUGACGAAGUGUCAGAGACUACGGAAAAACCAGCGUAUUAA